AUGUCUACCUCCCCCAGAUUCUCCAGCGUCUCCGGCAACUGGCGCAAGGCUUCCAUAUCCUCAGUUGACAUUGAUCUUGAGGCACAAAACGUCACUGGCACACACACCUCCUUCACUGUUCCUGCUGCCAUCCGGGCGGCUCAUUCUGCUGCUACGCCUACACACACACCUCAGCGGAAUGACAACAUCACAGACCUCGUGGAUGAUUUUUUCGGGGUCACUUACACUCGUGCAACUCGCGAAAGUCGCCAUGACUCAUACGUCGCUCCUAGUCGCACUUCUGUGGCUUUGGAUGGAGAAGCGCCUCCUCCAUACACGAAUGCCACUGAGCCCCCUGCAUAUAGCUCCACUCCUGCGGAACCUGUGACACUUGCGAUGUAUCUGUACAAAUUUGGAUUUUUGUUCCCACCUUUCUGGGUACUUGGAGCAAUCAUUCUGCUCUCGCCACUCAAGGCCCCUGCGGACUUUGAACCAACGAAGUCUGAGGACGAGCGCCAGGAGUUGGUCCGGAUCAUGAGAGAUGCUGAGAUCAAGUGGGCUAAAAGAUCUGCUUGGGCACUCCUGGUCUUCCUCAUUGCCAUUGGCAUUAUUCUUGGGGCUGUCAUCGGUGUCUUGAGAUCAUAA